AUGAGUGAAGAAUUUCAAAACAGUUAUAGAGAUGGUAGGCAUUCUAAGUCAUUCAAAGAUUUUAUGCACAACGAUAGGGGUCACCAUGAUGCUGAUAAUAGGUACUUAUUGAAUCAAACGCCAACAUAUUAUGCCGAUGAUGACAGACAGUUAAGCAAUCAAAUGCUGUCACGCCAUUCCAGCAAGAGGCACUUAACUAAUCAAAGGCCGAAACACUAUUCUGAGAUGAGGCACGUAUGGCAUAAAACGCUGGAAGACUAUGCCGAUAAAAAGUGUUUGCCACAUCAAACACCAGAGGAUUUUGCUGAUAAAAGCCACUCGCCAUAUCAAAUGCCGGAAGACUAUACUGCUAACAAGGGCUUGCCUUAUAAAACACCAGAUCGGUAUGCUGAUAAGAGGCACUUACUACAUCGGAUGCUGCCACGUGUUGAGAAGAGAAACUUACCACAACAAAUGCGGGAACCCUGUGCUGAUAAGAGGUACCCGCCGCGGCAAACGUCGAAACAAUAUGCUGAUAAGAGGCACUUACCUCAUCAAACGCCGGAAGACUAUGCUGAUAAAAAGUACUUUGGGCAACAAGCGCCGGAACAUUAUGCUGAUACGAGGCACUUACCACAUCAAAAGCCAAAAGAUUAUGCUGAUAGCAAGGGCAUGCGACAUCCAACGCCAAAACACUUUGCUGAUAAGAGGAGCUUACCACGACAAACACCGGAAGUCUAUGCUGAUAAGAAGUACUUACCACAUCAAAUGCCGGAGUCAAGUUCUGUAUAUUGUAAAAUUUGUGAUGUUAAGUUUGGUCGCACUAAUUUUGGAGAACAUAAUAACGGAAGGAAACAUCAAAUGUUAUUAGCACUACGUCAGCUAUCAAUGAAACAAAAAACUUCAAAUGGAAAAGAGAGUAGACAAAUUCCAAAUUCUUCUCAAGUGAAUCCGAUAGUUCAAUGUAUGGAAGUUUCAAAAUCUAAGAAAAACGGGCACACAGUAGAAAAUGUGAGUUGUGAAGCACCUAGUAUUAGGUACAAAGAAGUUCCAGCUGAAGGUUCCAAAAGGAAAUUCGGAGAUAAUUCUGGUGCAAAGGAUUGUGGUUUGAAGGGAGAAAAUGUGAGCCACGAAGCUCCUAGUUUGAAGCACAAGAAAGUUCCAGCUGAAAGUUCUAAACGGACACUCAAGGAUAACACUGAUGCAACGGAUCAUGUUUACAAGUCCGAGAUUGAAGUAGCAACAGGUGGCAAGUACAUGAAGACGAAUAAUGGGAUAAGAAGGCCCAUGAAAUCAUCAAAACCUGAGGUCAAUGCUCUCUCAAAUACAGUCAAAUCUCAAGUAUCUGAAUUAACACCAUCAUCAUGGCGUUUGGCUUCGCUUAAAAUAGCACCGAUCCCUGUAAAAAGAUCUAGUUUUAAGGUACAGUCUCAACAUGUCUCAGGCUCACUAACUCAAAAAUCCAAAGGCAAAGAACAUCUCAAGUUUCCAAAGACUACCAUGGAAAAGAAUGAUCAGCCACAUUCAACCCCGGUAGAGUCAAAUGCCUCAGCAAGCUCUAAUAGGACAGAGCCUAUGAGAUGUGAUUUUGCCGAAAUAUCACCAUCACAAGUCCCUGCGCCUUCUCUGGUAUUCACACCAUCUCCAGCAGUGGGAUCAAGUUUUGAACCUCCAAUUCAAAUCGAUUCCCAGUUGGAAAUAGAAGGCAAAGAUCAGCCACACUCAAUCUCAAUAGAGUCUCAUGCUCAUGCAGGUUCUGAUAUUAAUACAUUGAUCAAAGAUUCAUGUUCUGAUUCUGGUGCAAUAGUAAUAGCACCACCACAAUCUCCUAUUGAUACUCAGUUAUCUACACCGGUAGCUGUUAAACAGACAGAAAUGUCAGAAAGCACAGUUCGAAAUGAGAUUCAAAAUCAUAUUGUUCAUCAAAAUGAUCAGCAACCUUCAAACUCAAUGGAGAUUGAUGCUGCUUCAGAGAUCAGUGCUGAAACCGAAACUGCAGAUGAAAGUUCUCAAGCGGAAGCAGAAAUGGGAAUAAUUCAGUUGCCUCAGGUAUCUGUUUGUCUCAAGUGCGGCAAUAAAGGCUUUGAAGAGACGUUGGUAUAUUGCAACAAAUGUGAAUAUUAUGCACUGCAUAGGUAUUGUUUAGAUGGUCCUGUGAUUUUUACAGAUGAGGUUAUUUGGUUUUGUGAGGAUUGUGAAGCAGAGGUAGUAGAUGUAGAUUAUCCUGAUAGUGAGAUCAAAGUUAAUUCCAUCGAGGACUAUGAUCAACUCACUACAGAUUCCGAGAAAGAUGAAGUAGAUUCCAACGAGAACUGUGAUCAAAUCACUACAGGUUCUGAAAAAGAUGAAGCUGAUUCCCAAAAUGGAUGUUCUACUGUAGUUGAUCCACUGCCUAUUGCUGAUCCAGUAUGGAGGGGAAGUUUGCAGCUUAUCAACAGAAGCUUUGAAUUAAUGAGCCAUUUGUCGACUUUAGCACGUCCUAAAGUUCUCGAGGAGACAAGACAUCUCCCUAAUGUGUUUCAUGCAGAUCUGCUUCAAAGAUCAGCUGUGUGGCCAGGAAAUUUUAGGAAAUAUGGAACAAAUAAUCAGAGCAUUGGCCUUUAUUUCUUUCCUGAGAAUGAAAGAGUUGAGAGAUAUUUUGACGAGUUAGUUUAUGAAAUGAUUUCCAAUGACCUUGCCAUAAGAGCUAGGGUUGAAGACGUUGAGCUUUUGAUCUUUUCCUCCACAGUGCUCCCAAGCCAACAUAGGAGAUUUCAAUCAAAGUAUUACUUGUGGGGAAUUUUUAGAAGAAAACAAACAGCAUCCUGA